ACUUGUUCUUGUUUCCAAACUAGUUGAAACCCAGUCACUUCUAAAGAAAUUGCAGCUUUCAAAGAGUCAAAAUGUCCAGAAAUUACAGGCUUCUGGUGAAAAAUGCCAAACAAGUGGUUUUGAUCUGCAACAAUGGAGAGAAGUAUCUAACCAAGAAUGGGAUGCAAAAUCUGUGUGUGGUUGAAAAUGGCAGCAUUGUAAUAGGGAGUGACGGGCUGAUUAAAGAUGUGGGACCAGCAGAAACCAUCAGAUCUCAGUAUUCAGAAUCGUCCUUUGACAAAGUGAUUGAUGCGACAGGGAUGUGUGUCCUGCCGGGGCUGGUUGAUGCUCACACUCAUCCAGUUUGGGCUGGAGACAGAGUGCAUGAAUUUGCAAUGAAGCUUGCAGGCGCCACCUACAUGGAAGUGCACCGGGCUGGUGGAGGGAUCCACUUCACGGUGGAGCACACUAGAGCAGCUGGUGCCUCAGAUCUUGUGGCCUCUCUGAGCAGCAGGUUGAUGCGGAUGCAGCGAGCAGGCACCACCCUGGUGGAGUGCAAGAGUGGAUACGGGCUGGAGUUGCAGACUGAGCUCAAGAUGCUGGAGGUGAUUGAAGAGGCCAGACUCUCUCUGCCCAUCAACAUCUCCUCAACCUAUUGUGGAGCCCAUGCAGUCCCCAAAGGGAAGACAGUUGCAGAAGCCACAGAGGACAUCCUGCAGGUUCAGUUGCCAAAGCUGAACGAGCUGAUGACUGCUGGGAGGCUCAGAGUGGACAACAUUGACGUGUUUUGUGAGCAGGGAGUGUUUGAUCUCAGUUCUACACGCCGCAUCCUGCAGGCUGGCAAAGACAUGGGCCUAAACAUCAACUUCCACGGAGAUGAACUUCAUCCCAUGAACUCUGCUCAGCUGGGGGCAGAGCUUGGAGCCUUGGCCAUCAGUCAUCUGGAGGAGGUCACAGAUGAUGGGAUUGUUGCCAUGGCAAAAGCAAAAACUGCUGCCGUUCUUCUGCCAACGACAGCUUACAUUCUUCGGUUACCCCAGCCUCGAGCCAGAGACAUGUUGGAUGCUGGCGUAAUCGUUGCCCUCGGCAGCGACUUCAACCCAAAUGCUUACUGCUGCUCCAUGCCAAUAGUCAUGCACCUGGCCUGUGUCAACAUGAGGAUGUCCAUGCCCGAAGCUUUGGCCGCGGCCACCAUCAACGCAGCCUUCGCUCUCGGGCGCUCUCACACACAUGGAUCCCUGGAGAUCAACAAACACGGAGAUCUGUUGAUCCUCAACACCAUGCGGUGGGAACACCUGAUUUACCAGCUGGGAGGACAUCAGGAGAUCAUCCGUUAUGUGGUCAUUAAAGGCAACAUCGUCUAUGAUAAUGAUAGAACCAUGGACUUGUAAGUGUGGAAAAACUCUCCGACCACUAAAGAUUAGGAAAGUUUGUCUUGUCUCCUACAGGCUUUGUUGAUAUAAAGAAAAUCAGGAUUUUGUGACUCACCCGUGUCCAGAAGGUGUUUGAGGUGUUGCGUCCACAGCCUGGGUGAACCUUCUGGCAGCAGCUGUCUGGAACCACGUUCUCGUGCAGGGCAACAUACCAGUCAUUAUGGUUCAUCACGCCACAACAGCUCCACUGAGGAUGAAGAGUUAAUUUGAUCACCAUGAUAAAAAUGGACUUUGAGUUUAGGAAAUUAGGAUCCAGAGCUAUAAAUAAAGUAUUAAAUAUA